GUCUCCCUCUCUAUCAAAGCAAAGAAAAACCUCUCUCUAACUCGCUGUGCACAGAAAACCUUUAUCAGCUGCCCCGUGAGUUUUUGUCCAGAAGGGGAGCGCUCUCCCUCUAUUCACAACUCCAGCAAAGAGCAAAAAGAGAAGGAAAAAAAAAAUAGGUAACCCGAAAGUGGGCAAAUGUUCUCCCACCGACGAAUCAUUAUUACUUCUUUUCUCAGCCGCCAUUUCUUCUUCGCCUGAGAAUCUGAGCAUUUUGUGCAAAAGGAUCGCUGAUUCGCUGCAGAAGGAGUGAAUAUUGAGAGGUUCAGAUUCGCAGAGAAAACUCAACUUGGGUUUUCCCUUUUUACCAUUUCUGGGUGUAGAAUAAUGAAUGGUGCUACGGAUUGCUUCGACUCUGAGUUCGUCGAAGUUGAUCCCACUGGAAGAUACGGCAGAUAUAAUGAAAUUCUGGGCAAGGGAGCUUCAAAGACAGUUUACAGAGCGUUUGAUGAAUAUGAAGGGAUUGAAGUGGCAUGGAACCAAGUAAAGCUCUACGAUUUCCUCCAAAGUCCUGAAGAUCUCGAGAGGCUCUACUGCGAAAUUCAUCUACUAAAGACGUUGAAGCACAAGAACAUAAUGAAGUUCUGUACUUCCUGGGUGGACAUUGUAAAUAGAAACAUCAAUUUCGUGACUGAAAUGUUCACUUCUGGGACUUUGAGGCAAUAUCGGCAGAAGCACAAAAGAGUCAAUAUUAGAGCAGUGAAGCAUUGGUGUAGGCAGAUCUUGAAAGGGCUCCUAUAUCUCCAUAGCCAUGACCCACCUGUGAUUCAUAGAGAUCUCAAGUGUGACAACAUCUUCAUCAAUGGAAACCAGGGUGAAGUGAAGAUUGGAGAUCUUGGACUUGCUGCUAUCCUAAGGAAAUCUCAUGCUGACCAUUGUGUUGGAACACCAGAGUUUAUGGCGCCUGAAGUUUAUGAGGAGGCAUAUAACGAAUUGGUUGAUAUAUAUUCCUUUGGAAUGUGCAUAUUGGAGAUGGUCAAUUUCGAAUAUCCCUAUAGUGAAUGCACUAACCCGGCUCAGAUAUACAAGAAAGUCAUCUCUGGUAAAAAGCCUGAAUCUUUAUACAAAGUGAAGGAUCCAGAAGUGAGGGAAUUUGUGGAGAAAUGCUUGGCCACUGUUUCCCUCAGGCUUUCUGCUAGGGAGUUGCUGAACGAUCCUUUCUUACAAAUCGACGAGUAUAACCCCGAUCUCCAGUUAUUAGAUUAUGGAAAGGAUGUCGAGGAGAUUAGUCCCUAUAUGAGGCAGCCCUACCUUGAUCUUCAUGACGGCAUGUAUUCUUCCUACAAUAACAGAUAUAGUUAUGAUGCUCAUAAUGAAGUGGAGUACAAUCAUCCUGCUGAAAUGGAGCAUGCAGGGAUUGAACUCUUUGAGUAUCACGAUGAUGAAGACGACGACGAUGAUCAUCCUCCCAACAUUGAUAUCCGUAUUAAGGGCAAGAGGAGAGAUGAUGGUGGCAUCUUCUUGAGACUUCGUAUUGCGGACAAAGAAGGCCGUAUUAGGAAUAUCUAUUUCCCAUUCGACAUUGAAACAGAUACAGCAAUGAGUGUAGCGACUGAAAUGGUUGCAGAACUCGAUAUAACCGAUCAAGAUGUGACUAAAAUAGCAGACAUGAUAGACGGUGAGAUUGCUUCCUUUGUACCAGGCUGGGGGCCAGGGCCUGAAGGUCUCAACGAGAUGCCUCGUUUUGCGAAUCAAACUAUCUGUCAGAACUGUGCCUCAACUCGAACCUCGACCGGAUCGCUCAUUGAUUUUAUGUCCAGCAACCCGUGUUGUAGAAAUGGCUGUGCUUCAAUGCAUGGCAGGUUUGAAGAGGUGACUUUCCAACCCGAGGAUACAGAUCAUCAUCAAUGUGCUUCAAAUGCUAGAGCUCGCUCGCAUCAUCAUCGACACACAUGGUACCAGCACGAGAGCCGUGACAUCACUCCAGCAGGGUCCGGGACCAGCCAUUCGGAUGAAGAGUAUGAGAAGCUCGUUCUUAAGCAUGUCAUGGAGAAUAGUGAGAUUGCUUCUCCUCCAAAGAAGUCUGCUCAACAUGCUAGGGGUUCAGGGUCUUUCCGUGAGCUGGCUUCAUUGUACAGAGACCUUGCAGAAUAUGGUGACGAGAACGAUAUACAGCAUGAACUACGAUGGCUCAAAGCAAAGUACCAGAUUGAGAUGAGGGAAGUCAAAGAUCAUCAGUUGGGAAUUCUGACCACGCCCGUUACGAAUUCAAGCUCCAGGGAAGAUGGAACAUUGAAUGGUGGCAAGGGUUUGUCUUGUUCGGUAUUGCAGUCGGCAUUGAAUUCAUUACAACAGCAAGACCAGUGUUGUAACGAUAUCAGCAAGAGGAGCUCCACCAUUUGUCAAGCUCACCAAGCUUCGACAAGGGAUUCCCCAGCAGAUGAUGAACCUAUCUUCACUGCCAAGAGCUUCUAUACUGGUUCGUUUCUUCCACACUCUCUUCACAGGACUACUUCCCUGCCAGUCGAUGCUGUUGACGUAUAGUGUACAUCUUUGUUAAGUAGUUCCACUGAUUUUUAGAUUAGUAUCUUCUCUUUUUGCCCCCCACAUAUACUCAAAAUUAUAGAGGCUCUUUUCCCCCCUCCACAAUUGGAGUUCCCUCACAGACUGUCACAGUGACUUGGUAUUUUUUUUUUUUUUGGGCUGAUACUGAUUCUGCCAGCAUUUGUUUAAGAUAUACAUAGCAGGAAAAAGGGAAGAGUGAGUAACAAUAAUAAUGCAUCUGAAAGUCAAGGACAUGAAAUUAUUGCUAUCAUUGCUAUUAUGUGACUGGUUGUUCAUGUAGCAAUUGCAACAACCCUGAGAAAUAGUUGCAGAGCUGUGAGAUCUUCUCAUCAAGCUAUGAUUGUAAAUAAGGUUGACAUCAUUGGUUUGGUAAUGGUUUGAGAACAAAACCAUAAUGGAGAUCGAGCUGAAGAGACUGAAGUCUGAAAGUGAAUUUGGUGUCCAGUACCAGGUUGAGCUGGCUGCCAGUCUGAUAAUUGGUUAGUUUGUGUUGGGACCAACGAAAACAAAAUGAAGAAACAAGAUUGAAUCAAAGAUAAGAAUUAUAUAUUCGAACCACCAUUUUAUGGGAAGAGGUGUGAAUGUGACAAUCAUUGAGUAGACACUUGUGGGGUGUAGUGACCCAAUCCCAUGUGCCAUAUGUGUUUGCCUUCGAAAGAAAUUGCCUUCGUAAUGCCAAGAUCACAGCCUAACUUGAACAAAGUAUAAGACAAAAACUUGAGGUAAUUUUGUUGUGCAAGGGGAAUGAUUAGAGAACAAGCUUUUGCAUAAUUAGUGCGGUUUUAUACACACUUUUGUACCUGUUUGAUUAAGUUUGUCAUGAUCUGAUCUUAGUUGAUUUCUACAAGACAGUUGGGCAGGUGGGAUUAAAUAUGGGUCAAUUGAUUUUUAUACCGAAGAGUACUAAAGUGAUUCGAACAUGGAACUUCAGGUUAGCAGGUAUUACUAUUAGUUCAAAUCCUUGUUCACCAUUUUUAUAUAAUUAUUAAAGUUUGGAAGUACUUUUAUAUAAUUAUUAAAGUUUGGAAGUAAGGAUGACAAUCAACCCGGUAAUUAUGUGUAUCCGAUCGUUCUCAAUUAAGUCAAUGCAAGAAAUUCUCGCAUUAACUGGGUAUGGGUUAAACCUUAUCCGCAAAAAGUUUAAUGUAUUAUGAGGCAGAUAUGAUUUUAGCAUCCCGUCUCAUACUCGUACUCAUACCUAUAUCCUCCCCAUCAAGAGUACUUUAUCCACAUAUAAAAAACAUAGGGAUUAAAUUGUAAUAUGUCACUGAUUGUAAGAGGGUAAAUAAAAAAAUAAAUAGUAGAAAUGUAAUUGACUGACCACAAAAAAGUAAAACCUCUUAAUUCUCUCUUCACUCUUACUCCCCCUGUUAACAAGAUUAUGGUAGUUAUUUGAUACUUGAUACAUGUAUCAAAGUCAGAGAUGAAUAAUUUUAAUAGUAUUGUACUUUAUCUCAUGAAUUAAUGAGUGUUUUAGGAUCAUAUAUUUUGAAUCGAAUUAAGAAAUAUUGUAUUUUGUUGAUAAUUUAUUAGAUCCGUUUGGUGUUAUAAUUGAAAAUCUAAUGGUAUAAAAUAAUUAGGGUAGUAUGGUAGAGCAUUAUCCAUGGGUGUUCGAAAAUAAAAAAUACGGAGAUAUGCAUGGUUUCAAAACCUUUUUUGCAUGAGUAUGAGAAGAACAUGGAUGUAAAUUUUUGAAAAUGAAAUUAUUUACCCCCUAUUCCCGAAGAAAGGGAGGAAAACGAAGGGGAGGGGAAGGGAAGCGAAUUAGGAGGGAAUGGACUCGUCAAGGAAAUAGGAAGAAAAAUGUUGUUUUAUGGAGAAAAGUGGGAAGAAAAUUGUCUAUUAGGAAUUGUGAUAGAUAUGUUAUUUUAUUGAGUAUGUAAUAGGAAAAUAAUUUGAUUAUAUAUAGAUAUUAUUUUCAUUGCUUAUGAAUUUGAAUUAAAAUUUUACUUUCUUGCUAAUUUUGUUCACUAUUAAAAAUCAAAAGUAUAUCAUUUGAAAAAAAAGUGUCAACCUAUUAUUAAAAUUUUGUUUGCUAUUUUGUUGAUUUAUCAACAUAGCAACUAAAAACAUAAACAAAUAACACAUCACACUACACAUACAUAAAUCCUUCUAAAAGUAGGCUAUCGCUAAUACUAGACAUAUAUAAAUUCGUUUAAAAUAGGGUGACCACACAUUAUUCGUAAUGAUUAAGAGACUAGGUGAAAUUUAUGUAGUUAUCUGAAUAAUUUAAUGAAUAAUUUGAUUUCAACUAAUUUAUUAAUUUCUUAUCGCGGCGGAGCACGAGCGAAAAAACUAGUAAAUCACUAGAACGACAAAAAAUUAGUCAAAAUCACGUCUAACCAUCAUCCCCAUAUAUGGUUUGGGUCUUAUCCGUAUUUAUUAAAAUCAAUGCUAUGAUCGAUUAAAUUGCAUCUCGGUCAAAAGCUCCCAUUAAUCAUUUUUUAAUGAUACACUUAAUCAUUUUUAAAAAUCCCCGACUAAUCGUUUUUAACUAUAAUUAAUGUAACAUUCCGAACCUUUUCCCGACGAAGAUAUUGUUCGCUUCGGCCCUCGGCCCUCACGGUUUUUGACUUGUGGUGCAAUUCAAGGUAACUUCCCAUAAGGUCACCCAUCCUUGUUGUACUACACACCGAGCACGUUUAACUUCAAACUUCUCACAAGAACUCCUCCAUUUCACCCCAAAACAUGUCUUGUCAGUUAAGGUUGGUUUCUUACUUAUGAACCAUGGAUCUCUCCAGUGCUUUGUCGAUGUGGGAUAUGCCUAAGGUGUUACAUACAUCCCCUUGGGACUCAACGUCCUCGUUGAGGUUUGCCCCACCAACGUUCAAGAGGGACGCAUAGAGGCUCUGAUAUCACUUGUAAUAUUCCGAACCUUUUCCUGACAAAGAUAUUGUCCACUUCGUGCCUCGGCCCUCACGGUUUUUGACUUGGGGUGCAAUUCAAGGUAACUUCCUAUAAGAUCACACAUCCUUGUACUCCACACUAAGCACAUUUAACUUCAGAGUUCUCACAAGAACUCCUCCAUUUCAUCCCAAAAUACGUCUUGUCAGUUAAGAUCGAUUUUUUACUUUUGAACCAUGUAUCUCUCUCGUGCUUUGUCGAUGUGGGAUUUUCCUAAGGUGUUACAAUUAAUCUCCUCGUUCUAUACCCACUUUCACCAAACAUUGGCAACAAAUAGCGAAGAAACAUGACUUUGGCAAAAAAAAAAAAAGUUAAUAACAUUUUAUAUCUCUCUACUAUUGCAAAUUAACAAAUGUACAGUUAUACUAUAUUUUUGCACAAACAUACACUUCUAAUAUUGAAAUGUAACCGGCCUUAACUGACAAGACGCGUUUUUGGGUGAAAUGGAGGAGUUCUUAUGAGAACUCUGAAGGUAAACGUGCUCAUUGUGGAGUACAACAACGAUGAGUGACUUUAUGGGAAGUUACCUUGAAUUGCACCUUAAGUAGAGGGCCGAGGCCCGAAGCAGACAAUAUCUUCAUUGUAAAAAGGUUCGGGAUGUUAACAUUUUUGUUACGUUUCAAUAUUAGAAGGGUAUGUUUGUGCAAAAUAUAGUGUAAGGAUACAUUUGUUAAAUGUCAAUAGUAGAGUGGUAUAAAAUGCUAAAUAGCGAAUACAAACUAACCCAGACCUAGCCACAAAUAAAAUAAUAGGUCAAAUAUGUUUAAGUUAAUUAGAAAAACAAAAUAAAAGGUUCAACGUCAGCUUUUCUCUCCGAUUUGGAGGGCACCCAACACUGUGAAACUUCCCCAAAUUUUUUCACCCCGUUACUGUAUUGCAUAUGGAGAACGGCGAAAAAGCCUCGGGAAUAACCUUUUCCCCCACAAACUUUCCUUUCCGUCAUUUUCCCCCUUAAAAAAUACAGGGUAGGCAAUCCCACCUUAUUCCUCCCUAAUUGGAAGCUAUUUAUUUAUUUGGAUGAUAUCGAUUAUUACAUUCAAUGAACUGAUAAUGAAUUUUGGGGUUGGGUAUGGGGCAGGCUGGCACUUGCUACUAGCAUUUUUUCAUAUUAUCCAUAUCCCCCAAUCAUAUUGACAGAAUCGUCCGGGUACUGAUAAUGAAGCUCGUGCUUCCUUCCCAAGUCUCCAAUUUGGACACCUCAUCACAUCAUCAGCUCUCUGCAUAGUCCAUACACAAAUCCCAUUUAAGCUAAUUAAUCAACUGUAAUAUGUUUAUUUAUUUAUUUAUCAUAUUAAUAUCGCACGUUACUGUUUCUAUAUACCCGAACUCAAAGGGUUUGCUACCAUCUACACGAGCCUUUUAAAUGAGUUCGCAUAUUAUAUGUGUAUACUACCUUAUUUUGUUCAAAAUAUAAUUGUUGUUUGAAUUUUCGAAAUGGACAGUUUUGUCUUAACUUUAGAAGAAAAAGAACAAAUUUGCCUCAAAAUUGGAGUUAACCGUCGAGACUAAUAGUGGAACAUUUUGACCGAUAAUUAAUUAGCCAAAAAAUGCUAACAUGACUAAUGCAUGGCUGUCACAUUAUUGAACAAAAAUUUAUUUAUAUUUUCUUUUUAAUUUCGUAACUAGCCCAAAAACCAAAUCAAAUAGCAGAAAAGGUGUAUCGAGUCCCUCAAUCACAUCCCUCUCUAUUCAAAGUUUCAAACACAUUCCCUUCCCCCUCAAACCCUUGGUCCUCCUAACCUUUCUAAUCAAUUCUCAGGAUUUCGAAAGCUUCCACUCCAUCUUAUUGUGUCGGCUAAUCCCUUUCCCUCCCCGAACAGUACCUCUUCAAGUGAGAGUACGCAAUGGAAUAAAAUGGUUGUUGUCUUUGAUACAUUUCCUCUUCGUCUUUCCAGGAUGAAAGUUGGCGGCAUGUUCAACACAUACAAGUCAAACGAGAAAAGGUGUUUCCAGUGAAGGACAGGUGAAUAACGCGUAAGAACCUGCCUUUGAGAGGGGAACAACAUUUGGAAAUGGAUGCUAAUACCCCGUAGGCCGAGGACCAAUUUGGCCCCUUCUCGUUAUCUCCGCCGCCGUUGUUCAACGGUAACCAACAAUAAAACACUACAACAAGAGGAGGAAAAGAACUUAUGAUUCCACUUCCUUGUCCUUAGGGUUUGCAAGAAAAUGGAGUCCAAAAGCAAACUUAGAAGCAAAGUGAUACGCCUCCAAAAAAUAGAAUCUAGUGGUUUUCCAAGAAGGAACCAACUAUAUUGGAAAGAAAAAAGGAGUGCAAGUGCUUGAGAAACCCUCACUCAUUUCUUUGUAUGAAACGACAAUGCCCAUAUAGAGAUCACACCCUAUUUCAACUCAUAUCAUGUGUUGAUGGAACAGAUAUAGGUGGAGACACUGGGGGAAUCGAUAAUAUCGAAAAGGGUGAGGUUGGAGAUGAGAGGGUUGAGCGCCAUAAUAAAGAGCCCAUCAAAGU